AUGAAAUAUAUUUUGGUAUCUGGUGGUGUUAUUUCGGGUAUCGGGAAAGGAAUUUUUGCCUCUUCGUUAGGAGUCUUAUUAAAGACGCUCGGGCUUAGGGUAACAGCUAUAAAGAUAGACCCCUAUAUGAAUAUUGACGCGGGAACUAUGAGUCCUUUUGAACAUGGAGAAGUUUUUGUAUUAGACGAUGGAGGUGAAGUUGACUUGGAUUUAGGAAAUUAUGAACGUUUCUUAGACAUAACACUCACCAGAGAUAAUAAUAUUACUACUGGUAAAAUUUAUCAGUUAGUUAUUCAGAAAGAGCGUAGAGGAGAUUAUCUCGGAAAGACUGUCCAAGUUGUUCCACACAUCACUAAUGCUCUUCAGGAUUGGAUUGAACGUGUUGCUAAGAUCCCCGUUGAUUGUAGUGGCGAAAGUCCCGAUGUUUGCAUUAUAGAGUUAGGUGGAACUGUAGGUGACAUAGAGUCAGCUCCCUUUAUUGAAGCUAUGCGUCAAUUUCAAUUUCGAGUGGGACACGAAAAUUUUGCCUUGUCUCAUGUAUCGCUAGUACCAGUGAUUGGUCCAGUUGCUUGCCGUUGUUCCAAAGCAUUAGAACCUGAAGUUAGAGACAAGAUAUCAAUGUUUUGUCACGUCGGAAAAGAACAGGUUAUUUCUGUUCGUGAUGUAUUAAGUACUUAUCAUGUUCCGUUACUACUAAAAGAACAAGGAGUAUUAAACUUUUUUCGAAAAAGACUUGAUUUGGAUUCCAUGCGCAUUUCAACCGAUCAAUUGAUUAAAGGUGAAAUCAUAUUAAAACAAUGGACUAAAUUAACGGCUGAAUAUGAUCGUCUUGGUGAUUCAGUCACGAUCGUUUUAGUUGGUAAAUAUACCAACCUGCAAGAUUCGUAUCUUUCGGUCAAGAAAGCAUUAGAACAUUCAAGUUUAAAAUGUGAAAAAACGUUAAUUCUCAAUUGGGUUGAGGCAUCUCAUCUGGAAAAGGAAUACGAAAUAAAAGAUCCUGCUAAAUACAAAGAAGCUUGGCAAAGUUUAACUUCUGCUAAUGGUAUUUUGGUUCCAGGUGGUUUUGGAAAUCGUGGAACUGAAGGAAAAGUCACUGCCGCCAGAUGGGCUCGUGAAAAUAAAAUUCCAUAUUUAGGUAUUUGUCUUGGGUUACAAAUUGCUGUUAUCGAAUUCGCACGUAAUGUUUGUGGUCUAGAAGUCGCAAGUUCGGAAGAAUUUGAAAAAGAUGCUUCUCAUCCGGUUGUUGUAAAUAUGCCUGAAAUAUCUACAGUUAAUCUUGGAGGUACGAUGAGAUUAGGUUCACGACCAACUAUUUUCCAAGAUAAAACGGAAGAUUGGUCAACAAUUCUUACAAAUUCCAUCGAUGUUAGAACCCAAAUGGUUUCGGAACGUCAUCGACAUCGAUACGAAGUGAAUCCAAAAUAUAUUGAAAUUUUAGAACAACAUGGAUUACACUUUGUAGGUCGUGAUAUAACUGGUCGAAGAAUGGAAAUAAUGGAAUUACAAGAUCAUCCAUUCUUUGUCGGUACUCAAUAUCAUCCCGAAUAUCUUAGUCGUCCACUUAAACCUUCACCACCAUUCCUCGGAUUUAUGAUUGCAGCUUCUGGAUUAUCAAUAGAUGCCGUGUUAAAUAAUGAUAAAUAA